AUGAUUGCACAAGAGACACAGAGUGAAUCAGCACAAACACCUGAGGCCACAACCACAUCUGCCACUGAUGCACAAACACCCUCACAAGUUGCACAAGAGACACAGAGUGAAUCAGCACAAACACCUGAGGCCACAACCACAUCUGCCACUGAUGCACAAACACCCUCACAAGUUGCACAAGAGACACAGAGUGAAUCAGCACAAACACCUGAGGCCACAACCACAUCUGCCACUGAUGCACAAACACCCUCACAAGGCUCACACAGCUCGGCGAAUCCGCCAGCUCCCGAAGUUUCAUCCUCAUCUUCAACUAUACCACCCACGCAAAGCUCAAGCAGCACAGGGGCUCCUUCCGCGACCACAACUGAGUCUACACCAACAUCCACAAUGUCCACAAAAAGUGGUUCAAUGCAGCCUCAGAGUCAUUCAACGGGCUGGAUUUUAACACUCAUCGCUGGAGCUGCCUUCUUUUGA